AUGUCCAUCUUCGAGGACGCUCCGGACGACUACAUAACCAUCUCGCUCCACAUCUCCGAAACUGCCCGCAAGAUCUUUACCAGCUAUGCUGACCUGAAGCGCCUCCGCGAAUCCUCGCGGCUGUGCACGUCCCACACGCCUGCAUGGGCUACCUACCGGGAGUUCCGAAGGGGAUUCCGCGCGUCCUGGGGCAUCGGGGCAGAGGCGCUAGCGCUUAUCCUCUAUCAUCUGGCGAGCGAGGAGGGCUUCAGCGGCGCGAAAAUUGACCGCUAUCGCGACGUCGCUGAGUUCGUAUGGAAAAAAGAAAACGAGGACGAGGUCGACGAUGACGACUUCACCUGGCACAAGGAAGACGGAUAUUACACCGGCAAUCCGGCCACCGCACCCAUCGUUUUCCGGGCCCUCAACCUUGCUUUCGAUAUAGACGAUCAGCGUAGAGCGUCCCGUCGGUCAAAUGGUCCCAAUGACCAGCGUUCUGCGUAA